GGAGGAGGGAGUUCUGCAUUCUUCCCGCCAAUGAUCUGUCAAAAUAGCACGUAUUUGGGAUAAGUUAAUACUGGGGUUUAUGUUUUGUUUUAUUUGUGUUUAAUUACAAUUUUAUCUAUUAUACAAUCAUGUCGAAACCCGAGGAAAGUGAGGAAAAUUGGAUAUCUGCGUUAGACAAUCUGUGUUCUCAGUUAAAUGUUGACCCUGCUGCAGCAGAGAAGUCGAAAAAAUCAUUUUUAGAAAUCAAACGUAAUUAUACUUUAGAUGGGGACAUACAACAUUGGAUGGCGUGUGCAUUGUAUGUAGCCUGCAGGACUUCAAUCACGCCAACUGUGCAAUCUGGCAAGGUCGUCGAAGGCAACUGUGUUAGCCUGACUCGCCUUCUUAGGCUCUGUAAUAUAAGUCUUAUACAAUUUUUUAAUAAAAUCAAAAACUGGAUGGAAAUGGCAUUAAUGUCUACGGAUUUUAAAGAUAGAAUAACAAGAUUGGAACAUAAAUUUGCAGUUUCAACAGUACUUUUUCGCAAAUUUCUUCCUAUUUUUCAAGAAUUAUUUUCUGGUUUAACAAGUGAACCAACAAAAUGUAACACAAAGAGCAAAAAACAAAAAUUACAACCUUGUACAACAAAUGCUCUAUUUGAAUUCUCUUGGUGUCUGUAUGUUUGUGUUAAAGGAGAAUUUCAUAAUUCAGCAGAUGACUUAGUGGAUAUGUAUCAUGUAUUAUUAUCAUGUUUAGAUUUUGUUUUUGGCAAUGCCUUCAUGUCUAGACGCAUUGAUUUAAUAAAUCCUGCUUUUAAAGGUUUACCACCUGAUUGGAUGAAAGAUGACUUUGAACUACCAAAAAAACCUCCAUGCAUUAUAUCGGUACUGUGUGAGAUUAAAGAGGGAUUAGCUGUAGAAGCGGCUACAAUGAAAGAAUACAGCUGGAGACCUGUGAUUAAAUCAUUUUUUGACAAAGGAAUUCUGAAAGGCAAUUCCGAUCAACUUACUGGAUUACUGGACAUUGGAAACUUUGAUGCAAAUCUGAAAUCAUUGAACAAUCUGUAUGAGACAUAUGUUUUAAGUGUUGGUGAAUUUGAUGAGAGGAUAUUUUUAGGUGAACAUGCCAAUGAACAAAUUGGCACAAAGAAAGUCUCGGGUGAAGAGAUCUCGCAAGUUAUUGCUAGUUUUGGACCGAGUGGUCGUGCAUGUCCAGACACUCCUUUGACGGGACGAUGUUACCUGGCGGGGCGUGAGGAGCUGACGCCCGUGUCGGAGGCCACCAACAGCCUGGCGCGGCUGGCGGCCUAUCUUAGGAAUACUAAGCCAUUCCCAUCUGCCUCGCUUAUGAGACUUUUUGCUGAAUGCGGUGUGACUGAAGAUGUGAUAAAUGCAAAAGUGAUAAAGCCCUGCAACGGUUGGGCGGAGCAGUUCUCAAAAAGCUUGCGUGAGAGUAAAUGCAGCAAUGAAGCUAUUACGUUUCGUAAUAACAUGGUCUUGUGUCUUUAUUUCAAAGUAUUUGAACACAUCAUCAGAGAAGAGCAUAGGAAGAAACCUCAAGUAUCCUUACAGGUAUUUAUUCAGAUGCUUCUAUCACAAGAAACAUAUCAACUGACUGUGUUCGCGUGUUGCACUGAAGUAGUUCUGCACGCGUAUGGAGUGAACUCGCUGCGGUUCCCUCGCGUGCUGCAGAUAUAUGGCCUCAGCGCGUUCCACUUCUACAAGAUCAUUGAGCUGGUGGUCCAGGCGCUGGUAGAUAAACUCAGUAGAGAUGUUAUUAAACAUCUUAAUGCUGUUGAAGAGGAAGUAUUAGAAUCUUUGGUCUGGACAUCAGAUAGUCCACUCUGGGACCAGCUCAGCAAGACACCAGUGCCUGCCUCUACUGAAGUAUAUGUCCAAGAAUCGCCUCUAUUCAGACGGAAUAUUGGUGUGAUAGAUCGUUACCUAGCUCCUAUAGCAGAUCAAGCCAAAAAGCAGCUGUUUAAGGACAAUAUUAAACCUGGCCAGUCACUUCUAGUCCAAACAAACACGACGGUGAAACCAGAUACAGUAUGCCCUAGUCCAACGUCAAAUGGUGAAACAACGCCUAAUUCAACACCCAAGAAAGCUCACAACUCUUUGAUAUUAUUCUUCAGAAAGUUCUACAGUUUAGCGGUGGUGCGUAUGAUAGACCUGUGUACUCGAUUGAGACUCACCGAUGAGGAACUGAAGCGCAAGAUCUGGACCUGCCUGGAGUACUCGGUGAUGCACCAGACGCAGCUGAUGCGGGACCGACAUCUAGAUCAGAUACUCAUGUGUGCUGUAUAUGUUAUUUGUAAGGUAUCAAAUAAUCCUAAUAAUCAAGUGGAGAGAACAUUUGCAGACAUCAUGAAGUGUUACAGACAGAGACCGUUGGCUGAUAAUCAUGUAUAUAGAUCGGUUUUAAUUAAACAGAGUACAGGAGAAAAUUCACCGGAAAGAGGAGAUUUAAUAAAUUUUUACAAUAAAGUGUAUGUGCAGUGCAUGCAGAGCUUUGCCCUGAGAUUUACUGGCAAACAUAAAGAUGAGUGCGGGCUGUCACCGCUGCCGGCUGGUCGCGGGGACGCGGCGUGCUCUCCGGCGGGACAGCGCGUGUCGGAGCGUCACCAGUUGUACGUGAAGCCGCUCACAACACCGCCGCAUACAGACCACCAUCUUACAUAUCGCUUCAGUCGUAGCCCAGCUAAGGACCUGCACGCGAUAAACACGUUGGUAUCGUGUGAGGUGGGGGGUGUGAAGCGGUGUGCGGAGGGCGGGGACGUGAUCAAGCGACCGCGCUGCGCCGCGCCCGGUGUCGCGCGCAAGCUGCAGGGCCUCGUCAGCGACCGUCAGGCUGUCUAGUACCAGUCAAUAAAAUCAUCACAAGUGCCAGACGGACGGAACACAAUGGAUUUAAUAUUGUAGUCAUAUUUAUUUUAUAUUAC